AGGGGCGCUGAUUUUGAAAUCUCCCGCUACUGGAAGUCGUCGGAAGAAUGGACCAAUCGUGUCGUAGGUAGAUGGCGCUAGUGUUUGUUGAAUGUUUAGCGCGGUCGGUGAUUGUUUGGUAUUGGUUUGGUGCUCCUGCGAAAGUUCGUGCUUUUCAGCGUUUUUGCAAGGCCUUUCGUUCACGGGCUUGCGUUCACGUGCGUAGUAAUUCGUUCGGCUUUUCAACGUUAUCAUUCGUUUCGCAAAGGUUUUACAUUCCGCGAUCAACUUGAACCUUUAAGUGUUUAACCCAAGCAUGCGUUUGAAAUUCUGUGAGUUCUUGUCGCCUUUCCGUGUAUCUCCUUUUCGUUUGCCGAUCAGCAGUUGCAUAGAUACAUAAACACUUGAAUUCUGCCAAAUCAUUUUCAUGCGCGAAGUGUUAAUCUCUCCGGAAACCGAUAGUUCCCUCAGAAAUGGCUAAAAGGCUAAGCGUAGUCCUUCCCAUACUGAAACACCAGCCACCCAAACAAAUUCCGAACGGCACUAAAGCUGUCGACAAUGAUCAUUGCAGAUCUGUCAUGCGGACACCAGAUGUUGAAGGUGGAGACGAUGUAUCGAAAGACAUUUCCAAUGAUCCAGAAGCAAACUCUGACAGUGAAAUCUGUGCUGUUUGCUUCAAGGCUUUCUCCCAUUACGAUCAGUUAAAGCAACACAUGGAGAGUGCCCAUGCAAGUACCGUGGGAUGCAUAAUGUGCUUCGCAGAAUUUGAUUCGGGAGUCAGUCUAAUAAAACACAUCAAAACUCAUUCCAACCACUGUGACAAGUGCCAGAUGACUCUCUCCUCUCAGAAUCAGUUAUUGGUGCACUUCCAGAAAGUCCAUCGCAACAUGAGUUUCAAGAAGAAGUCGAAAUCGUGCCCUGACUGUUCAAAAAAGUUUGAGUCGAAGUCUGAAUACAUGGAGCACAGAUUAACGCACAAAUCCAAACAAUCGUGUACAUUUAAAUCGAAAAAGAAUUCUACUCCCUUAGCUGUCUCAAAGUCAGAUAAUCAUGUAAAUAAACUGAAAAACUCCUCCCCGACCUCUAAAAGCAAUCAAAGUCUCAGUGAAAAAAUUUCAAGGAAUGUCGAUGAUGUUACCAGCUGUCAGUUACCUGCCAAAGCACCUUCCACACCAAGUAAGCCGCCAGAAAAUGAUGCGCCAACCCGAUCUCAGCAAGCUACCAGUACCUCUCACUCGGAGUCAUCUCCUCCAAAUAGGACCUCACCAACAGUGAACGUGGAAAAAUCAAAGACACCUCCAAGCGAUACAAAAAGCCCGCUGACGCCGAACCCUGCCCCUACUUCGAAUUCAAAGCCCUCAGGCCACAAAAUUUCCCCAAAUGCAGUAGUGAAGCCAAGUUCAGCUGGUGCCAUCAAAGAAAGGAAAAACAGCAGCAUCUCCAAGGCAGUUCUCUUCGAAAGUCCAGAUUUUGCAGCAGUGCUAUGUGCAAGCGUCGACCCAAAAAGUAAACCGAAAGACUCAAAAAGUGGUAAGUCAGUAGAUCAUAUGAAUUCGUCUCCUGUAGAUGGGAAAAAGUGUGUCCCUAACCCUGUGGCUGCAGAGCGAAGAAGGUCUAACAUCGACUCAUUGACUCAUCCACCUAUCGAGAGGAAAAAGGCUAUUGUCCUAGAUCCUAUGACUCUUACCAACCCAGAGAGAAAGAAAGAAGAUCUCAAAGCUCUCUCUGUUGCGGAGCGGAAAAAACUAGUGGAUCGUCCUGUUACAAUAUCAGCUGUGGAACGUAAAAAAUCAUCAGCCGACUUGGCGACCUCUUCUUCACGAAAAAAACAGGCUGAUUCACUGAUUCCGUCAGGUACCGAGAGGAGAAAAUCUAUCCUUGUUGAUACAACGCAUCCUUCAGGUUCAGAAAUGAAAAGUCAGACUGGUGACUCAGGGAAAAAAUCAGUAAUUUCUGAUCCAAUAACCUCUGCCAACUCAGAAAGUAAGCAUGUCAGUAAUCAUCCGACCAAAAAGAUCCAUAAAAAAGGAGUGAAGAUCAUCCAGUGUCAUCUCAAACCUGGGGUAUCUUUACUUUCAAAGAGCAAGCAUGGUUCUUCUCUACUGAAAGGUUCUAAAACUUCGGUCAAAUCCAAAAUUUCUGGCACUGAGCUCUCACCGAAAUCAACGAAAGGACUUGAGAAAUCACCAUCUGAACAAGACAUUUCAGAACUAAGUGUACCAAAAAAUGUAUCCAUUAGGCUUACAAAAUUGUCUAAUCAAAAAACCACACCAUCUAAAGGAACCGUCUCUUCAUCAUCCGUUAAAUGUAAGAAAAUGGGACAGAACUUAGACUCCUCGACAAACCAAGUUUGUGAGUCGCAUACUAUGAAUUCUCACAGUUCAGAUCAACUCAGGCCAUGCACAGAAAAGGAACCUGUCUCUGUCCCUGCAGAAUUGCCGUCAACCCAGAAGAUUAGUGAGUCAGGAGUCAAAAUUUCUCCUAAAGUUACCUCUCCAAUGCCCUUUGAUGAAAAAGUUCAGUCUCAACCUGCAGCAGUAGAAAAUUCCAAAGACAUGUCUCUCAUGGUGAAUUCCAGGCCUAAGAGGGUGCGUAAGAGUCUCUUUACUCUUAACCCGGAAGAUUUGCUCGAAGAAACAGAACCUAGUCAAGUUGAAAUGAACUUUGAUGAAUCUCAAGUGGUGUUUGAAGUCUCAACAGUGUCUUCUAAUGGCGAGCUUGAAAAUGAAGAAGAAAUGAAUACUUCGAAAGAAAUACAAAGUGGAACGGAAGAGCUAGUGGUAGACAGUUGUUCAAGACAAAUUGACAAGCCUGUCGUAGAUGGUUGUCCGACGGGAGGAGAAAACUCAGGUGAGGAGAAAUUGAAUGAAGAGGAGAGUAAGACUGAUGUGAAAGUGGAUUUGGUCUCUGAACUCAAGAGGCAAGUAAGUAUGGAAUUAACACGCAAACUUCAAAGCCUGGGUGUGACGAAAGACAGUUUGGAUGCAGGAGUUCCACAAAACUGCAGUCUCAUUCUUCCAACAACGACCGAUAGCGCUAGAGCAUUUGCGAAGAAGAAAGUUGUGUCCAUGGAGCAGUGCAUCAAAGAAUUUGAGUCCAUCCAAAAGAAGGAGGGAAAGAAAGAAGAUAAGAAAAAGGUGAAGAAAGGUAGCAAGAAAUCUCUCAAAAAUGCCAAGGAGCAAACAGUUGAAAUUGAAGAAAAUGGGUGUGAGGAUUCCGUUUCCAAGAGCUCUAAUAACAAGAAGAAAUUCACCAAAAACGCCAAAAAGGAGACAGAUGAAGCUGAAGAAAAUGGAUUUGACGAUUUGUCAACUUCGAAAAGCUCUAAUAGUAGAAAAUCAAUCAAAAAUGGCAAGAAGGGGAAUGAAGAAGAUGAAGAAAAUGGGUUUGAUGAUCAGUCUAUUUUCAAGAGUACAAAACUAGAAAAGAGGGGAAAGCCAGGUAGAUCCAGGGCAAAGAUGCUGUCCACUUUGCGGGACUUUAGCGAAACAGAAUCUGAAGCUGAAAAAAAGGCGACCGAAAGCACUGACAAGAAAAGCCAGAAGAAAAAGGGUAAGCGUUCUCUGGAGAAAACUUUGACUGAUCCUGAAAUACCAGUGACCUCUGAGUCUGAAAUUUUAAAUCAAACUAGUUUACAGCCGAAGGUGAGAAAAAUCAAAGUUGCCAAGAUUAAGAAAGAUGUAGACAGUCCGCAAACUAUAACAUCAGAAAAGCAAGAAAGCACCUCUAAACCGCAUGAAAAGGCAGGAAGAAAGCGAAGAGUGUCAGCGUUGAUUGAGGUUGAUGGGAUGUCGGAAGUGCAACCACCCAAACAUGGUGAGACCCCUGAAAAGAUGAUCAAAACUACUCCAACGGCUGAUGCCUCCAGUUCCGUACCACCCUCUAUCACUCAAACUGAGCCAGUUGUCCCCAAAAAACGAAAUCCUCCCAAAGCCAAAAGCUUUGACCUGGAUGAUAUUCCUCAAGAGACGUUGAUCCAGGCUGUCAUCGAUAAUUUCAAGCAAAACCAGUCAGACUCAUUGUCUUUGUGUUGUACAGUGUGCGGACGGAAAUUCUCACGGCUGCAAGCGCUCAACUCUCACCUAAAAUUGCAGAUAUUUGUCAUCAGAGACAAACACCAGGUUUUACUCCAAGAUUGCUUCCCUGAGGCUCCUGUAGAUCCUCCAAUUAUGGAGGAACCUGAAAUUCCUGGUGAAUACAUCAGCAGCAUUAGCCCGGCGUACCAUGUCUCCUCCUAUUCUUCCAAUGAUCUCAUUUCUCCUAAGAAAGUUACACCGAAGAAGACCCGCUGUUUGAAAGGCCUUGAAAUUGCAGAUGAAUUUAGUAAUGGUUUGGACGAUGUCGUUAAUGAUUCGUUCUCUGGUAGUGAUCGAUCAGAUUCUCCUUAUUCCAGCAUCAUCAGUUCCCAGCCAGUUGUUUUGCUUGAUGAUAUAGGUCACUUAUUGCCGUCUGUCUACUAUGAACGGCAGAAAGAUUUCAGCGAUUCGAGCACCCACAGCACACCAGUGAAGGACAAUUUGACUGAUCUGGACAAAUCUCUGAGUGUUGUGGAAGAGCUGUUCCCUGAACCAGAACCGGAAACGAUCUGCGCAUUAUGCAACGCCAAGUUUGAUUCAAAUACAGAUUUGAUGAUGCACAUUAUGUGUCACAUGUAGCAAAUUUCUGUGUCUACCAAGAAAGCCUUUUCCGCUCCUCAAGGUUUAUUUUUUUGUUUUGUGUUUUUCUUUCCAUGUUUGUAAGUUAUUGUAAAAACACUGUUAUGUUUUGAAAUUAUUUUUAUUUUGUAUUUUGUACAGAUUGUACAGGAUGUAGUUUUAUCUCCCCAAUGGAAGCUGUGAGUAAGCACUCUCCUAUCGUAGACCUUAUGUUACCCGCACUUUCCAACAGCAAGGAAGUGUUGCUUGCUUUGAGGGAAAAUUCUUGCUUAAUUUAAAUUUUUUUCCAUCAUUCCUAUCUUUCCACCAGCUCUCUUCCCUUAAAAAAGCCCAUUAUUGAUUUUUCUAAUGUCAGUUUUUUUUCUCCCGAAGCAAUAGAAGUCCAAAGGACCUCAUACAAAAGAAGUUAAGUUUGAAACUUCAAUCAAAUGUAGCGUUGGUAGAUUUAAGUUUCCUGACCGGUUAUUCCUAAGCCAACACAGUUCUCCUAUGCUCCCAAAACUCAGAAGAGUAUUUUUCAUAAUUUUAGUAUCAGAUCUGAUACAAUCAUAAUUCAAUCUGAGCAUUUUUCAAAAGAGGACAAGCUUUUACAGCUAAUGGAGGAAUUUGAAUUAUAAUGUGAAAAAUUUUGCUCAAUGAGGGAGGUUUUUUUGAACAAAAUUUUAGUGUUGAAUUUUAAAACUACCUUCUUUUUUUCAAAUACUUGCUGUGUAAAAAUCGGGGGCUGGUUUUGCAAUCUUGAAUGUGAUGAAGGUUUUUUGCCCAAGAAAGUGCUUUUGCAGCAGAGCUGAUCAUAGGUAUACUGCCAACCAAUUUUCUGAGCAGUUGUUGAUUGUCCUAUUUAACUUUUUUCUUACCCAAGGAGUGUUUUUUUUUUUUGUUAUUGUUUUUCAAAAAAAUUUUGAAUUUGUACGAAAUUAGUUUUUGCAAGACAGUAAACAUGGAAAAUAUUUUACUUAUUAUCUGCCUUCAGUAGUUGCAUCUGGAAUGUAUUUUUUAGGUUUCAGUGCCAGGAAUGUGCAUACAGCUAAUGCUAGAAAUCAAAGUUUCCUUUAAAAUCAAACUUGAAGGCCAGUUUGGCUUGCCCAGUGUAGUGACGAAGGUAGAAAACCAAUUUUACAUUCAUUUUAGAGUUUAUCUUUUAGCGCACUCUUCCCUGUCA